AUGAUGUCGCGGCCGUCGGCGCUCCGCAAACCGCUUCUCUACACGCCGGCGUCGUCGAGGGUGAGGCCAGCGUCGUCCCCACGACGACGGCAGCGGCCGCCGCUGCAAACCCGCUUGCCCGCUCCGACCAUCGCGGACUCCCCUAGGCGUCUACUCUCGUACUACUUGUCCAAGGCGGCGUACAACACGCACGCGGAGGAGGACGAGAGCGACAGUGCUGCAUCUGCUACCGCCAGCGACGGCGAUAAUGCGAUGAGAGGAUGGAAAAAGGGCGCAGGCGACGGCCAAGGCGCCGUGAGUGAUGAACUACCGCCACCACCGUCGUACUCCUCAGAGUUUCUCCGGUCUCCGCCGUCCCGGAGUAUACAACGCAACACCGGCACCUCAGCAGCCAUCCCACCUCCCUCUCCGCACUGCCACCCAGCCGGUUCCGUCGUACCGUCUGCCUCAGGCGCAAUCAACGUGGUCACUGCCAUCCGACAAGCAGAGAAAAGCAUUGACCUCAGUGAAAAGCGGACGUUGGCGGGGUCACUCACCCCACUCCCACCAGCACCGGCGGCAGCCUUGUCGCAGUCCGUGGGGCGGGCGCCGUCCCCUACCACACCGACGCUCCCCAUGUCACACCUCACUGUGUACACGGAGGCGCAGCGCCGCGUGUUCGAGGAGCAGGUGAUGCGGCAGGUGGAAGCACUUCUGCAGGCACAACGGAGUGAGAGUCAUGCCGAGCUGGAGGCGUAUCGUGUGACUGCUGCAGAGGCCCAGGCCACGCUCCAAGCGGUGGAGGAGGCCUUGGGAGAGCAAAUAGGCGAUAUGCGGCGCUGCAACGGCGGUAGGGCUUGGGACACCGGUACGUGCGUGCACGGCCGUCUCGAUAGCUAUGUGGCGGGCAGCGAGAUCUCUCCCACACUGAAAGUUCUGUCGCCGCCGCCGUUCACCCUGUCAGUAGAUGCACUGACUCUAGAGAUGUCUAGCGUCGCCGCAGCGGCGGCGAAACCGGCAACCGAACAGCUGCUCGACGCUAUCAUGAGCAUUGAAGAGGGUCAACAUGUUCCAGAGGUGUUACAGCAGGUUAUGGAGCAGCUUUACCAUAACCUGGCGCGUGCACUUGUUCCGUCAGUCGUGAACUAUGUGAACCAGCAGCAGCAGCUGCUGCACGGACAAGGGACUGCCGCGGCGGUGGAGUCUGGGGUGUCAGUCGCGGAUUCGACGGGCAACGGUGCUCCUCGCGACGCCGACGAGCUACUGCGCACGCACGCAGAGGUGGCAGCACUUCAGGAGGAGGUCCACGCGUUGCGUCGCACACUGCACAGUCGAGACACCGUCUUCGUCAACAAGGACGCUAGUUCCCCUAAUGGUCUUGCUCUUUCCACGUCCCCCAUCGUUUCGUCCAACGCACAGAUGCAUCCCUCGCAGGAGGGGCUGGUCUACGCGCUGCAGAAUCGCUUGUUUUCUGAAUGCCACGCCAUGCUGACGCGCAGCCGCCACGAGGCGCUCUUGCUGCGCUGCUCGCUGGAGGAGGAGAAGCGCCAACACUUUCUGACGCGCUUACGCCUGCUGAAACCUACGCAUCCUCUCGCACCACAGAAAUCUAGCACUGCUGUCUCAACUGCUGACGCUGCUGAUGGCCAUGCCGAGCGGCACAACGCUCCUACUAGCUUAGGGGCGGACCGCGGCGGCAGCGACGGCAUCCGUUCAUCUCCCGAGCCACACAGCUGUAGUGGUUCUUCGCCAGUAAUGCGUGGUUCAUCAGCAACGCGCAGCCCACCUUCAUCUGUUCCUGACGCCGGCGACUCUCCUCGCUCGCAAGCGCGCGCGACAGCCGUGCAGUCUGCGGGCUCUCUGCUGAGUGGCGUGCACCACGUAGCCCCACGCCGCUGGACUCCCGCACGCAGCCCGCUUGAACUCGCAUCUGACAGUGGAAGGGCAGACGAGCAUGACAGAGAUGGUGAUAUGGAGGAUAAUGCUUCGGUGGGGCACUCACCUGCGCCACGUCAUAUGCCUUCACGGUCGUCUCAACUGCUAUCCUCCGACCCUAACCACAAUGCGACGCGCAUGGCGGCCUCUCUGCAGGCCGCCAUGCGCGUCGCAGAGGAAGUCCUGCACACAACGGCACCCGCAGCGUACACCGCGAGAGGGCCGGCCCAUCCGUAUUAUCGGGAAGAGAGCGGCGGUGUUGCGAGAGCAUGGCAACACCGCCGCGGUAGCGGCGGUGCAAGCGCAGGCUCUCCAGCGAGCGACGAUGGCGCCCUGUCAUCUGGGCGGCGCGGAGAGUGCCUUGGGCAGCCGCCACGUGCGCGGGAGCGCGCCGUAUCUUUUCUCGACCCCUCUGACGCCUUUACUGAGGACGUGCGUCACACAGCACCACCGCUCACGUCUGAGCGCUUAGCAGGUACCUCAUCACGCAGCGAGCCUUCUGGAUCGUCAUUCACUCGCGUGCUGGCCAGUCAAGGCGGCAACACAAGCACGAGCAUGGACCCCAUCUCGAGCUCUACUCUCGCGAUGCGGUGGGACGGCUCGGCUGCCGCUACAGAAGCUGCGCCGGCGCUGCCCAGUGACGCUUACGAGAGGCGAGUCUGGAGCAAGACAGUAGAGUUGCUGAGCCGCUACUCCGUCGCCUAG